CGAUAUCUCAACCAGGCACAGCAAACUUGGCAGUUGACAUUAGAUGCUAUUGCAAACACACCUCACAUCUAUCUUCCGUCCGUGCAGUGUGAACUCCUUCCUUCUCACUGACCAAUCUAGCUUGGCCAUGUUAAGGUGCCUCUUUCUUGUGUUUGUAGCUCUGCUACUUAAGACGUCGUCGGCAGCUUUCGAMCAAGCAGAGGAGAACAGAACGCUUGCUUUUCUCAACUGGUACAACUACCAAGCAGCAAUAGAAGAAUAUAAAGCUAACGAAGGCUCAUGGAAGUACGCCACGAACUUGACAAAGGAAAACCAGGCMGAAAAGACCAAAACRAGCGUUAGUUUUUCCAUGUUCAUGCAAGGUGCCCGCAAAAAUGCCUCCAAGUUUGAUGUCAGUAAGCUCUCUGAAGAUUCUAAACGUCAGAUCAAAAUGAUCAUCGCGAGUGCGAGUCCAAAGGACAAGGAUGAUCUCAAGAGGUUGAGCGACUUGGAAGGAGAAAUGGAAAAUAUCUAUAGCUCUAGCAAGGUGGUUGAUUCUGAUGGCAAAGAACUUGCCUUAGACCCGGACCUCUCCAAGAUAUUGAGGACAAGCAGAGAUUAUGAAAGGCUUAAAUUUGCAUGGAAAGGAUGGCGUGAUGCAACGGGACCCAAGCUCCGUCCUAUCUACAAGACGUUUGUUGAACUAUCAAACAAGGGAGCCAAAGAGAAUAACUGGGACGAUACUGGUGCGUGGUGGCGAUCAUGGUAUGAAGUGGAUAAUUUGGAAGAAGUUGUGGAUGGGCUUUAUAACGACCUGAAACCUCUCUAUGAGGAGCUACAUGCUUACGUCCGCUACAAACUAAGCAUUAAAUAUAAACAGGUCGAUAAAAAUGGGUCGAUCCCUGCACAUCUGUUUGGUAAYAUGUGGUCUCAAAGUUGGGUGAACAUUUACGAUCUCGUAGAGCCCUACAAAGGAGAGCCAAGUUUGGAUGUCACGAAAAAUAUGGUAGAUCAAGGAUACAACCCUCUUAAAAUGGUUAAACUGGCUGACGAGUUCUUCAAGUCUGUUGGUUUGAAACCCCUUCCUGACAGUUUUUAUAAGAAGUCAUUGAUUGAGAAGCCCUCAGAUCGCGAGGUGAUUUGUCAUGCCUCAGCGUGGGACUUCUCUAUUAACCACGAUGUGAGAAUCAAGCAAUGUACCACCGUGACCCACAACUAUCUGGUGACGACCCACCAUGAGUUGGGCCACAUCCAAUAUUACCUGCAGUACUGGGACCAACCAUUUGAAUACCGCACUGGAGCSAACCCGGGCUUCCACGAGGCAGUAGGAGACACCCUGUCACUAUCUGUGGACACUCCACAGCACUUGCAAAAGAUUAAUCUUCUGAAAUCCGUUGGAAGUAGCAAUGCUUCMGACAUCAACGCCUUGAUGAAAAUGGCCAUGAUGAAAAUCGCUUUCUUGCCUUUUGGUUUCUUGAUCGAUCAGUGGAGAUGGAAAGUGUUUAAUGGCAAAAUAUCAAGCAAUGAGUAUAACAAGAAGUGGUGGGAACUGCGUACAAAAUAUCAGGGUAUCAAACCACCUGUUUGUAGAUCAGAAAACGACUUCGACCCUGGAGCUAAAUACCACAUUCCUGGCAAUACACCAUACAUCAGGUAUUUCGUGAGUUACGUGCUUCAGUUCCAGUUCCACAAGGCGGCUUGUGAAGCUGCAGGCUUCAAAGGACCACUUCACCAGUGCUCUAUCUACAACUCCACAGCGGCGGGAAAGAAAAUGGGGGAUAUGCUUUCAAUGGGUAAAAGCAAACCUUGGCCAGAAGCCCUUGCAAAAAUGACAGGAACAAAAAAAAUGGAUGUUGGAGCGCUUAAAGAAUACUUCGAACCUCUUAGAAAAUGGUUGGUGCAGCAGCGAGAAGCACAAAAAUAUCCAAAAGGCUGGAGCAGCGAAGGUGCUUACGACGAAUGCCAGGUGUCAAGCUCCAUUACAUUUGGUCCUGCUAUUUUCACUAUCAUUAGCUCGUUAUUAGCCACAUUUGUUUAUUUGUUAUAAGGAGGCCAUGCUUUGUAGUUUUGUAGCAUUAAGAGGGAGCAUGCAAUGUGCAAUGUUUGAAAUGAAUAAACUCUCCUUUUGUUAUA